GUCGUCAUCCUUCUCCUCCACCUGACUGGAAUUCCUUAUUUAUUUUGGUAAUCGUCACCGCAUAUUCGGGCAGCAAUAUGGUAUAAUCAUUUUUUCAUGGAAGUAUUACUCUGACAUUUGGAUGAUGGGGAAUUCGUAAACGUUUCUAAAAACUGUGUUUACUGUUGCACGUAAUUACCUCAUGUGUUUUCAUAUUUGUAACUUUAAUUAAGUAUCUUUCUCCUUAUUUGUCAACAUAUUAGCUCCUUUUGUAACACUCGUCCUGCAGAAGAUCAACCAUCGUCUUGUCGCUAUGUUAGGCGGAGUGUUGUGUGGAUCAUGUAUUAUUGCCAGCGCUUUCUUCAAAAACUCAGUUACUGUAGGAGUCUGUCUCGCUUUAUCAGGUGUUGGCUUGUCAAUGACCUACAUGCCCAUGGUGAUUGCACUGAAUGAUUUCUUCAGAGAAAAAUUCGUUUUGAUGAACACAAUCACGCUGUACGGCUACACCGCUGGAUCCAUGCUGCUCCCUAUUGUAAUGGAAAGGUCAUUCGAAGCAUAUGGCUAUGUAGGGGCUUUUAUUAUCCUUGGCGGUAUUGCUUUUAACCUUGUCGUGUGCGGUGCAAUGAUACAAAAGGCACCAAGAAACGCAGCUACAAAUGAAGGCAAAAGUUAUAAUAAAGUGAAUGAGAAACAGAAGUGUCUCUCUGAAGGAGAAUCCUCGAAGCAAGCAGAAAGCAUCCGUUAUCAUGAGGAGGAGGAGGAAGAGGAAAAGGAGGAGCAUGAGGAGGAGGAAGAGGAUAGUGAAGAGUGUGUCUUGGAGGAAAGGCGUUUGAUUCAAAACGAGAGACGUAACAUCAAUAAACAGGAAACAUCUCCGAAUGCGCGCUCAUCUUUUACAAGCUCCGUCUUUCAAACCGGCAAACGGUCCUGUGGACUUUUAAACGAACCACUGUUUCUCUUCACCAUUCCGAUUCAUUUCUUGUUCAUGUUCUCCAUUUAUGCGUGGAUGCUGUUUCUGGUACCUCACGCUGAACACCUGGGAAUCCCUCCUUUCAAAGCAAUCUUCCUCUCUACAAUUGGUGGCAUAGGUGGCAUCAUCGGUCGGACCAUCUUCAUCAUCUUCGUCGGCAAAGGCAUCAAUGUUUAUGUCGUCUACAUCGCCAUCGGCCUCAUCUGCAUGGCAUCAUUUCUGCUGGACUUUAUCAGUUCUGCUUACGCGGUGCGUGCUACAUUGGCUUUUGUCCAAGGUUUCACCUUCUUCAUCGAGGAUGCUAUUGCGGCCAGUUUAUUUAAAGAUACAGUCUUUGACGAUCGGAAUUUUAACAUGGCCGUGGCUGUCAGUUUAUUCGCGGAAGGACUAGGGGCGACAUGUGCAGGAACAAUUACAGGUUAUCUGUUUGAUGUCACCCAGUCGUUCACGAAGGUGUUCAUCAUCGUUGGCUUCAUCCACGCCGUCAUGGUCGUUCAUCUCUUCGUUGUAUCGAUCCUCAUCAAGAGACGACGACAACAUGUCAGCUGUAAUUUUGACCACUGAGGAUUAAGAGGUUGAAGCAGAAACGUCCCCAUAAUAUCCUCCUACCUUUUGAAAUCUUUCGUUGAUACCGAACAACCUAUUACUAUCAUGACAUUGGUUAGUAAUGGCUAACCCUUACAAAAAAGUACCAUGGUAACGAUGGUUUUUUUUGUCCAAAUUACAAAUUCAAUUUCAAAUUCGCCGAGAUCCCAUGUAAUACACGCGUUUCCAUCGGAUAAUAGUGAUCUUGUACGACGGUUUUGUGAAACGUUGACCUGUAUUUUUACUAUUGUUAUAGCAUGGUUAAAAAUACAAUAAAUGUAACGUUAUCAGGCGCGUACGCAGGAUUUUUUCAAGGGGGGGGGGGGGUAACAUU